GCUGGGCUCGUGCUUGACUCCCGGCGGGCAAUGGCCUUUGGCCAGCUUAAGCUCCCGCCUUCUGGGGCUGGCCGGCUUGCCCUUUCCACGCCGCCUACCCUCUCUCGAUUCUUGGGGCGUCUCAGGCAGCCAGCGAGCCUCAGUGCUAAUGAAAGAGUCGGGAUCUGCUCUCCUCACACAGCCUAUGACGCUGCUCCCCAGGAAGUCAACAACUGGCUGGCUAAAGGGCUUGCAGUUUCCACCUCCAGGCCCAUCCAUCCUUCCAAAGCUCCUGAAUGCCCCACGGAGGGAAAACACAGAGUAGAAUUCAAUGUUACCCACACCCAAGAUCUGGACAAAGUCAUUUCUGCAGUGAAAGGAAUUGCAGGUGUAUAUGUCACGUCUUUUUCUGCUAGGUCGGUUUACAAAGCAGCAUACUUCUCAUUUGCAUGUGGGUCCCUGAGGAGGAGAACUAUGGGAUUUUUUCAAAACAAAGAUGGUGAGUAACGCACA